AUGGAUUUUGGGAUGGUUGGUUUAGAUGGGUUGGUGUGUUCAGACAGUGGCUUUGCUUCUACUCUUGCUUCAGAUCCUGAGACCAAGCAAAAGUGGUACGGAUCUGGGGGUCUCAAGCAGGAAAGGUCUGUGACUACUGAAGAUGACUGGAGGGACUUUAAAGUGACCAAAACUACUGAUGAUUUCUCAGUCUCCAAGGCAAUGCUGCUCGAGCAGAGAAGUCCUUUGCUGAGAUCUAACAGCACUACACUCUCUGAUGGUCAGCAGAUGCUGAGCUUCUGCUCACCCAACUCACAAACUGUUACAUACCCUUACUAUCACCACACAUCAAGUGGUUAUAGUAGAAGUACAGGCUAUGGCUAUGGAGUCUUAAAUGCUGCAAACAUGCAGGGGGUACUAACCGGGGUUAGAGGACCUUUUACCCCAUCACAAUGGAUGGAGCUUGAACACCAGGCCUUGAUCUACAAAUACAUCACUGCAAAUGUGCCCAUCCCAUCAAAUCUUCUCAUCCCAAUAAGAAAAGCCCUUGAAUCUGCUGGCUUACCUAGCUUCUCUGGCCUUAGACCCAAUACUUGCUAUGGCUAUGGAGUCUUAAAUGCUGCAAACAUGCAGGGGGUACUAACCGGGGUUAGAGGACCUUUUACCCCAUCACAAUGGAUGGAGCUUGAACACCAGGCCUUGAUCUACAAAUACAUCACUGCAAAUGUGCCCAUCCCAUCAAAUCUUCUCAUCCCAAUAAGAAAAGCCCUUGAAUCUGCUGGCUUACCUAGCUUCUCUGGCCUUAGACCCAAUACUUGGGAAUGGGGUUCUUACCAUAUGGGAUUCUCUAACAACAAUGAUCCGGAGCCGGGAAGGUGUCGCCGGACCGAUGGGAAGAAAUGGCGGUGCUCUAGAGAUGCAGUUGCCGACCAGAAGUAUUGUGAGCGGCACAUGAACAGAGGCCGCCAUCGUUCAAGAAAGCCUGUGGAAGGUCAAACUGGCCAUUCCGUCUCCGGACUCACCACAACCACAACCACAACUACUAAGUUGAUGCCAAUGACUUCCUCCUCAUCGGCAUCUGUGGUCACCGGGAACGGCGCAACCAACAGCCUCGGCCUCUCGCACCAACACCAAUUCAGUAACUUGCAGCCUGCUGCACCUAAUUCUUCUCCAUCCCCCAAUCUUAGCAGGAGUUAUAUGAACAAGGAGAAUAUGGGUGAUAGAGUUCAAAAUACAACAGGCCUCUCCAUGCUUAUUCCGACCAUUGGCCUAAAAGAAAACCAAUAUUCCAUGCCAAAACAGCAGUAUCUGUAUGGAGAACCUCGGGCGGAGUUUGGAUUUGUCUCCACUGACUCCUUGCUCAAUCCUUUGAACAAAAGCUCUUCGCUCACUGACUGCAGAAACUAUGGUUCAUCUGAAGACCUCAAUGAGCGUGUGAACAAAUCACAAAAUUUACUUCACCAAUUCAUGGAUGACUGGCCUAACAGCCAGUCUGAACGAUCAGCCAUUUUGUGGCCUAAUAUUGAUAUGCAGUCAGACAGAACCCAACUCUCUAUUGCAAUUCCCAUGGCUUCCUCAGAUUUCAUGUCAGCUACUUCGUCUCCCACCAAAGAAAAGCUUGCACUUUCACCUCUCCGAUUAUCACGGGAGCUUGAACCAACCAAGAGGGUUUUGGGGGUGGGUAUGGUCCUCAACCAAAGGCAACCAAAUUGGGGCCCCAUUUCCUGUGAGACUUCCAUGUGUGGACCUCUUGGAGAGGUUCUGCAUAGCACAAGUAACAGUGCAAGCGACUGCAAGAAGGCAUCGGUUCUUAACCUCAUGACUGAGUGUCCCAGCUUGGCAUCAUCUCCGACUGGGGUAUUACAGAAGGCCACAUUUAGAUCUCUCUCCAACAGCAGCGCUGGGAGCAGCCCAAGAGCUGAGAAUAACAAGACACUUGAAGUGGGUUUCUCCAGUGGCAUCCAUGGCUCAACUCUUAUGAAUCCCUCCUUGCCUGCUUUGUAACCAUCUUCUUAUCCAAACCUGAGAAGACAUUCGGUAAUGUUCAAUGAAGUGAGUUUUUCUCUGUGCUAACAAAGUUUUGCUUACAACUAAGCUUUGUCAGUUGGAAUUUGUUUAUUUCUAUGGUUCUGUAUUCUGUUUACCUUUCGGGAAUGUUUUCGGUUUUUUUUUUGUGAUUAAAGCUUUUGUGGAUGGUUAAGUUACUGAAAACUUGACUGAUACUGCGAGAUCAGGGAUUCUGCUUCUCAAUCUUCGUCUGUUAAUGUGACUUGAGAAUUUUAUUUCCAGUAUGCAUUUUCUUAUGUUUGGUGAGUGUUUCAAUCACCCAUUCUGGCUCUCAAUCUUGAUCUGUCAGUGUG